AUGGCCAGCCUCAACGAAGAGGCGCUGAGGACGCAGGCAGCCGGGCUGUCCUGGGUUUUGCGGUCUAUCUCGGUGACGCAGAAGAACGUGCUCUUCGACCUGGUGGCCCAGCUUCUGGACUUCGCACUCAGCGAGCACGGGCCCCGGGCCUCCCUAGCCCCCCUGGCCCCUCCGGUGUCGGCCGUGGUCUUUGUGGCUUUGUGGUGUGCUUUCAGGGCCGGGCGCCUCUCCGGCAACGCCUCGACCCCUCCUGCACUGGCCUCGAGACGUGGAGUCGAAGAGUGCCGACUGCAGCGCGGUCCGGGCGUGGCUUCGCGUGGCUUCGAGCUUCCUAGGCGGGAGAUCGACGCGCCGCAAAGGGCAAACGUGCAACAGUACUUUGAAGCGAACACUGAGAUUGCUGUGCCGGUGGACUCCCGCACGCAGGCGCUCAAACUCGCCUCCUUGAUUGACACGCAGCUCCUCUGUCAGGUGGUGACGGGACCCUUCCGCCGUCGACUUCUCGCCUUGGCACGGCGUCGGGCAGAGGGCGCCCAGUGCUGCACAGAGCGGUUUCAGUUCUUCGGGGGAAGCCCAGUCCUCGCCCGUGGAUUCCCGAGGGAGCCUUUUGCCAUGAACGUGCCGCCGCGGGCAGACUGCCCCAAGGUUAUUCGGGCGGCGGCAGGAGCACAACAUCUCUCAAGGCUCGGCCCCUGGCUGUUGUCGUGA